AUGGAUUCCCAAGGUUCMAAAUCCGUCAUGUCCGAUGAUAUGAAAGAUCUUACCCACGGCAAGGAGGAUAUCAGCAAUUCGGCAUCAGGACAUGAAGCGAAUCUCUCCAACCCGAACACAUCGGAAGCAAGUAAGCAGCACAGUAGGGAAGUCCUUGAGCGGAUGGGAGGCGACGCGGCUUUCUAUGGCAAAAGCGGCGAGACGACUAGCAAGAGUGCCGCCGACAACCUUGAGGGUAGUCGGGCUGCGAAUUAG